GCGUGGCCGCCGAACUUUGCCGAACGUGCCCGAACGUCAGCCAACCCCGUAAGACAUCGGGUGCGGACAGUCAAAAGAAGUCGCGGGUGGAAGGAUUUCGAAAAAAAAAACGCAAAAACGAUGUGUAACCCGCAAACGGAGUGACCCCCAAAACGUCGAGAAAAGACGCGGACGUCGAGAUGGCCAAGACGGGCGCCGGAAACAAUUGCGGACAGCUGAAAACAAAACAACAUCGCGUCUAGUGUGUGGCACCACAAAAUGGAGUCAUGCUGCUAUAGGCACACUCUGAUAAAUCAGGUUGGCCGCAGCACAGGAGGCAGCGGCACAGCAGGCGGUUGCGCAGCAGACGGGGGCGGGCGCAGCUGAUAAAAUGGGUGGCGCCAGUGCGGCUGCAGGGCAGGGGCCCAGCUCGUUAUUUCUUCUAUCUGACCAGAACAUUAUUCGUAGAUAUACUCGCUUCAUCAUCGAGUGGCCUCCGUUCGAGUAUGCUGUGCUUUCGACAAUCAUCGCGAACUGUGUAGUACUAGCCCUUGAAGAACACUUACCAAGAUCAGAUAAAACAAAUCUGGCGCAGAGAUUGGAGGCAGUUGAAGUUUACUUUCUAGGAAUAUUUUGCGUUGAAGCAUCACUGAAAAUUCUAGCCUUAGGUUUCGUUCUGCAUAGAGGAUCAUAUCUUAGGAACAUUUGGAACAUCAUGGAUUUCUUUGUAGUGAUCACAGGGUUUUUAUCAAUGUUACCUCAGGAGGACAUAAUGGACCUGCGCACGUUGCGGGCAAUUCGAGUGCUAAGACCUCUCAAGCUAGUCUCUGGCAUCCCUAGUUUGCAAGUUGUCUUGAAGUCCAUCAUCAAGGCCAUGGCACCGUUACUUCAGAUAGGACUGUUGGUUUUGUUUGCAAUUGUGAUAUUUGCCAUAAUAGGUCUAGAGUUCUACUCCGGCGCACUACAUAGGACGUGUUAUAGUCUUUACGAUAUAGAUCAAAUAGUGAAGGAGGGGGAAGCUGAGGUGCCUUGCAAUACUGAUAACGAAACAUUAGCGCUAAAUCAGGGCAGUAACUGGUGCAGGGAUGGUAAUUCCGUUUGUCUUGAGAGAUGGCAGGGCCCAAACCAUGGAAUCACUUCUUUCGACAACAUCGGUUACGCCAUGCUUACGGUCUUUCAAUGUAUAACUAUGGAGGGAUGGACGAAUAUUUUAUACCAGAUGAAUGAUGCUGUUGGAAGCAUGUGCAAUUGGAUGUACUUUGUUCCUCUGAUCGUCUUAGGUUCCUUUUUUAUGUUGAAUCUAGUUCUUGGUGUAUUGAGUGGUGAAUUUGCGAAAGAGAGAGAAAAAGUAGAAAAUAGACAAGAGUUUCUAAAAUUGAGACGCCAGAAAGAGCUUGAACGAGAGCUUUACGGCUAUGUUCAGUGGAUUUGCAAAGCUGAGGAGGUGAUUUUAGCCGAAGAGCGAACGACAGAAGAAGAGAAGAUGCACAUAAUGGAGGCGAGAAGAAGGGCUGCCAAGAAGAGAAAACUGAAGAAAAUGGGGAAGAGUAAAAGCACGGACACAGAAGAGGAAGAGCAAGAAGAAGACAUCGGCGAUGAUGAGUCAAAGAAAGAACUCAAAGGUUUCGGCAAAUCCUCCUACCUCAAAUCAAGAGUGCAGGGACAGAGCGGCUGCGCUCGCUUCUGGAGGGCAGAGAAAAGAUUCAGGUUCGGCAUAAGGAGGCUGGUGAAAUCGCAGGGUUUCUAUUGGUUCGUCAUAAUGUUGGUCUUCUUCAACACCAUCUGCGUCGCUAUAGAGUACCACGGCCAGCCGGAGUUUCUGACGCAUUUUCUUUAUAUCGCCGAGUACGUUUUCCUUGGUUUGUUUCUGACAGAGAUGUUCGUCAAAAUAUACGCCCUUGGACCAAGAAUAUAUUUCGAAUCUGCCUUCAACCGCUUCGACUGCGUAGUCAUAUCCGGAUCCAUAUUCGAGGUCGUAUGGACGGAGUUGAAGGGUGGAUCUUUCGGGCUGUCGGUGCUGCGAGCCUUGAGGCUCCUGCGGAUCUUCAAGGUGACCAAGUACUGGUCGUCUUUGCGCAACCUCGUCAUCUCGUUGCUCAACUCGAUGAGGUCCAUCAUUUCGCUGCUGUUCCUCCUCUUCUUGUUCAUACUGAUAUUCGCCCUGUUGGGGAUGCAGCUGUUCGGCGGUGAGUUCAACUUCGAGGAAGGGACGCCGCCGACGAACUUCAAUACUUUCGCUAUUGCGCUACUCACGGUGUUUCAGAUCCUCACUGGGGAGGAUUGGAAUGAAGUUAUGUACCAUGGUAUAGUCGCUCUUGGUGGUCCACAUGAUGGCGGUAUGAUAUACUCGCUGUAUUUCAUAGUGCUCAUGUUGUUCGGCAACUAUACCCUCUUGAACGUAUUCUUGGCCAUCGCCGUCGACAAUUUGGCCAAUGCCCAGGAGUUAACAGCUGCCGAAGAAGAGCAAGCAGAAGAGAAUAAGGAAAAACAGGCGCAGGAAUUGGAGAAAGAGAUGGAGGCCUUGCAAGGAGAGAUUGGUUCAAAUCAGAGGAUAGACGUUCCCUCCAGUCCAGUGAGGAGGAAAAAGAAAAAGGAGGAAAAACCGCCAGAGGAGGAAGAAGAAAUAAUCGGUCCCAAACCUAUGCUGCCAUACUCUAGCAUGUUUAUAUUUUCACCAACUAAUUCUAUAAGAAGAGGAGCCCACUGGGUGGUCAAUCUUCGCUACUUCGACUUUUUCAUCAUGAUAGUCAUCUGCCUUAGUUCCAUGGCCCUGGCUGCGGAAGAUCCCAUCAACGAGGAGUCGACCCGCAACCACAUACUGGACCAGUUCGAUUACGCCUUCACCUGCGUCUUCGCCGUCGAGAUGUUCCUCAAAAUCAUCGAUCUCGGGAUCAUCCUGCAUCCGGGCUCCUAUCUGCGGGAGUUUUGGAACAUAAUGGACGCGGUUGUCGUGAUCUGCGCCCUCGGAUCGAUCGGGUUCGAUAUGAUAUAUUCAGAGAAGAGUGCCGCUUCUGCGAAUCUAUCAACUAUGAAAUCUUUGCGAGUGCUUCGAGUGCUGAGACCUUUAAAAACAAUUAAAAGAGUGCCCAAGUUGAAGGCGGUCUUCGACUGCUUAGUGAACUCAUUAAAAAAUGUGAUAAAUAUUCUCAUAGUGUAUAUAUUAUUUCAGUUCAUAUUUGCUGUGAUUGCUGUUCAGUUGUUCAACGGGAAAUUUUUCUACUGCACAGACAAGAGCAAGAUAACGGAAGCGACGUGCCAGGGGAACUAUUUUGUUUUUGACGAAGACAGCGAGGUACCAAGAGUCGAACAAAGAGUUUGGGGUCCGCAAAGCUUCUACUACGACAACGUUCCCCUAGCCAUGUUGACCUUAUUCGCAGUACAAACCGGUGAAGGGUGGCCACAGGUGCUGCAAAACUCUAUGGCGGCCACGUACGUUGACCAAGGCCCAAUACAGAACUACCGAAUAGAGAUGUCCAUUUUCUACAUUGUAUAUUUCAUAGUGUUUCCUUUCUUUUUUGUAAAUAUAUUCGUAGCCUUGAUAAUUAUUACGUUUCAAGAACAGGGUGAAGUUGAACUUCAAAGCGGCGAAAUAGAUAAAAAUCAAAAAUCCUGUAUAGACUUCACGAUCCAAGCCAGGCCUCUGGAGAGGUACAUGCCAAAUAAACGAAAUAGUCUUAAAUACAAAAUUUGGAGGGUUGUCGUUUCAACCCCAUUCGAGUAUUUCAUCAUGCUGCUUAUCGUAUUUAACACGUUGUUGCUGAUGAUGAAGUACCACGAGUCACCGCCCCUGAUGUCGAACAUAUUGGCGGCGAUGAACAUUAUUUUUACCUUCCUCUUCUUAUGUGAAACCGUACUCAAGCUGAUCGCCUUUGGAAUCAAGAAUUUCUUCAAAGACCCAUGGAAUACUUUCGAUUUCGUCACGGUGAUAGGAAGUAUAGUAGACGCCAUGGUGGUAGAGUUUGGGGAGAGAGCCAAAGCCAUUGCAAAAGAAAGGUUACGUAACCCACAUAAAGCACCUGAAAUGGAUAUAUUUACCAAGAUCGUGAAAUAUAUGCAGGAAAACUCUAUCAACGUUGGGUUCUUGAGGUUAUUUCGAGCGGCGCGUCUGAUCAAGCUGCUACGACAGGGUUACACGAUAAGAAUUCUGCUUUGGACGUUCGUGCAAAGUUUCAAAGCUCUUCCUUAUGUUUGUCUUCUGAUAGCCAUGUUGUUCUUCAUUUACGCAAUCAUCGGGAUGCAGGUUUUCGGUAACAUAAAAGAGAUACCAGGAGAAGACAUCAAUCGUCACAACAAUUUCAGGAAUUUUGUUCAGGGUCUUAUGUUACUCUUCAGAUGUGCCACUGGUGAAGCUUGGCCUAGUAUCAUGCUGUCGUGCGUGAAACAUAAAGAAUGCGAUCCGAAUGCGAACAAACCAGAUCCGCAUAGCUGUGGCUCUAAUUUGGCCUACGCAUACUUUGUGUCUUUCAUAUUUUUUUGUUCGUUUCUGAUGUUGAAUCUCUUCGUUGCCGUCAUCAUGGAUAAUUUCGAUUAUCUGACAAGAGAUUCUUCCAUAUUAGGCGCUCACCAUCUGGAUGAAUUUGUUCGAAUUUGGGCAGAGUACGAUCCUAAUGCAACGGGCAAAAUUCAUUAUACCGAAAUGUACGACAUGCUGAAAAACAUGGAUCCUCCUCUAGGCUUCGGCAACAAGUGUCCCAACAGGUUGGCUUACAAGAAAUUGAUAAGAAUGAACAUGCCCGUAGACGACGAGGGAAGAGUGAACUUCACAACGACGCUGUUCGCUUUGAUCAGGGAAAAUUUGGCCAUCAAAAUGCGACCAGCCGACGAAAUGGAUCAAGCGGACAUGGAACUGAGAGAAACCAUAAAAACCAUCUGGCCUCUACAGGCCAAAAACAUGGUGGACCUUUUGGUUCCGCCCAAGGACCAAUUGAACAACAGCAAAAUGUCGGUGGGCAAAAUCUACGCGGGCCUUCUGAUCCUGGAGAGCUGGAGGAGCACAAGGUUCGGUCAAGAGGAGCCUACUGGAUUACCGAAAGCGUCCUUUUUUGACUGCCUUUUGGAUAUGGCCGGCCAUUUGGGAGGCAGCCGAACCGGAUCAGUGAGUCUGGAGGGGGCCCCCCUGAUGGGGGGCCAAGAACAUUCGGACGCCCAUGCUCACGAAGAAAGCUCCCUUGCCACUCUUGCUCGAAGAAACACGAAGAGGAACAGAUCGCUAAGGAGCAAAAAGGCAUUGGCGGAGCUUCAGGAGGUGCUGGGAUCAAGGAGACCUUCUUGUGAUAGUACGGCGGACCAACAACACCUUCAUCCUUCCUCCAAUUACGGAAAUAACCAUAGAAGAUCACCCAGCCUUCGUAGAGGCAACUCCCCAACCAACCAACGAAGUCCAUCUCCUCGGCGAAGAUAUCCUUCGCAUCUACACCACGAUAUAGGUUUCUCGGAUACCGUGUCAAACGUUGUAGAAAUAGUGAAGCAUGAACAUCAGAGGGCGCAUUCUCAUAGGCGGUUCAUGAGAGAAUUAUCUGCUCUAGGCUCGUGGUCUGCUUCCACCAGUCCAGCAAGGUCACCGUCGCCUACGCACCGUUACAACAACCCAGUGAGGUACAGGGAGGCUUCGAGGUCCUCCAGACGGGGCUACGCUAACAGCAACAUGAGGUCGAGGUCGCCAAGUCCUUCUCAUCCUCUACCUCACGCUGGAUACGGACCUCCGACCAUAGCCGGUGCUGUGGUAGGUAUACCGAUGCAACAGUCUGCGGCCCAUCAUGGAAGCAUGCAGCACAGCUAUCCUGUUCUCGGCGUUAGACGGGGACACGGUAGAAGACUUCCCCCAACACCCUGUAAGCCGUCAACUCUACAUCUUCCGCCUGGGACCAACUUUUCCAAGUUGAAUCCGAGCCCAACUCAUGUUAAUUUACCACAAAUGCAAACUCAGUCUGCGCAUGCCACACCGCACAGUAUGCAUCAUAACUACCCACAUGAUCGUGAAAUGUACAGGGAGAGGGAAAGUGUACCUACAGCUAUAUCAAAUCCGUCGUCUACUUAUAAGGAGAGCACACAAGCACCACUGAGUUUUGAACAAGGAGUGGCUUUAGGCAGGGGCGGUCGCAUGUUGCCAAGUCCAGUACCAAACGGCUACAAGCCGAAGCCAAACAGGACCAGGCACUCUGACUCAGAUGACGAUGACUGGUGCUAGCAGCGAGCCUAACCCUUAGCAGUAUCAAUCAUGAGCAGGAAUUGAAAAAAAAAUACGCCGUGUAUCGUAUCUGUAUGUGUGUGUGAGUGUGACGCUUCGUGUGACAUUUCAUAACUUUUAUCUACUGCCAAUAACAUUCAUUUUUGUAUUUAUUUCAAGGACAAGGGUUUCGACGUCUUGGCGUGAUGUGCGAUCUGAAAAAAUUUCGUAUACAUGUACAUAAAACAUAGUGAAUUCAAACGAAAGGUUUUGGGAGCAGAAAGAAGCACAACUAAUCGAAUGAUACGUGAGAAAUUGUCGUCUUGUUUUUCGUUCUUCAAUUCGUUUAAAUUUUUUGCAGGAAAAUUUGAUCUUCGCAGCCUUAUGCGAAAUCCAUCACACAAAAAACGUUAUUCUGAUGAAAUCUAUUGCUGAUUCAGUGAAUCAAAGAAUACAUUUCUAGGAAUUUUGUUUAUUACAACUUUUUUCACUUUAUUUUGUUUAUUUUAAUUUUUAUCCAUCGAUUUAUUAUUCUUUUCAUUUAAGUAUAUAAAUUUGUCGAGGAUGAAUCAGUAACUGUGUAAAUACUUGUUGAUUUCUGCUUUCAACCCCCUCUGAUCUUUCAAAUCUGUAUAUAUGGUAAUUUUGAAAUUUAAAACCUAAAUGUAAUUUAUACCAAAAAAAUUUGAUUCUGGUAAAAUAAUUAUAAUUCUU